AUGUCGUUUCUGAGGCUCGGAACUCUUUUCCCCAUCUCUUUGGCUUUACUCUCAUUUCUGAUUCUUCGCUACGUCCAACGUAAAAAAGACCCUGCAAGCAAGAUUCGCUGUGCUCCAACACCUGAAGCUCAUUGGCUCUGGGGCCACGAAUACGUUGUGUGGCAGCAUGAAGCUUGCAAAGUGUACUUGAAAUGGGCCACAGAUCUAGGAUCUUUGUAUAGAAUCAAGGCUUCUUUCUUUCAACGCGACGUGAUUGUCGCCGCAGAUAAUCUUGCGUCUCACCACAUCCUUGCAAACGCGUAUCGAUACCCAAAAGCGCCUGCGUUCCUACCAUUGACGGAUAAGCUGAUUGGAAAGGGUGUCUUUGUAAGGCGAGUUACAAAUUACGUCAGAUCGCAGGGAUACGAGACCACAGUGGAUAUCUCUCCAUUUGUAUCGGCUUGCACACUCGAUAUCAUUGGUCGUAUCGCGUUCGGUCAUGAUUUUGGCUGUGGCGAGUCCCAGGAAGCAAGGGUCAUUGCCGAGUCUUGGCACCAGGAUGUCUUGCUUGGAAGAACCAUGGCGGGGUUCCUCGCGCCUAUCAUGAUGUGUGCUUUCCCAUGGAUCACUAAGCUCCCUAUCCCAGCUUUGCAGACAGAUGGUGUUGCCAAGAGAGUGGCUAUCAGGCUUGUGGGAGAACUUCUCCGGCAGAACAAGGCUCAAUUGGAGAGCGGAGAUGGAAGGGAUAUUCUUUCGAUUUUGGUCAAGGACCAGAAGAAGUCGAAGCACGACGAGCGUCUCUCACAUACCACAUUGCUGGAGAAUGUAAGCCGUGAAAUGACGUCCUGUACUGUAAGCUUCACUCUUUUGGAGCUCACUCGCCACCCCGCUGUUCAACAAAAACUGCGUCAAGAAACACGCGAAUUGAGCGACUUUAGCUACGACCACAUUCAAAGCCUACCAUACCUCGAUGCUGUUUGUCGUGAGGGGUACGUGCGCGUUCAUCCGGCUGCGCCGCGAACCGAUCGCAUUGCUUUGGAAGACGAUGUGAUCCCUUUGAGCCAGCCGUUGACCACUGUCGACGGGAAGACCGUGUCUUCGAUUGCCAUCAAGGCCGGACAGGUGUUCCAUAUACCAAGCGCAGUUCAAAAUACCGAUCCCCUCGUGUGGGGAAAGGACGCCGAGGAGUUCAAACCCGAGCGCUGGCUUCUUCCUGGUGGAGUGCCUUCCAAAGACCAGCUACCAUAUGGUCCAUACGGGAAUAUCGCGUCCUUCCUGGACGGUCCCCGUAGCUGCAUUGGUUGGCGCCUUGAGUUCCUGAUCAUGAUCUCUCUUUUGAUUCGGGACUUUGAGCUGACGAGUACCCCUGACGACGUGAAGGGCUAUAUUGCCGGGACACUUCAACCUUUCGUGGGUGACGAAGUCAAAAUGCCAAUUCACUUGAAAAUAUUGCGUUCAAGUGAAUGA